UCUUAUAUCGCUCAGACAGUUUUCUCGUACCGAGCCGUAGUGACACGAAUAGACACGAGUGCCGGUGACGUGCGCACCUUUUAAAAACGUCCCAAUUUUCACGCGUUAUUCUAAGGCUUCGGUACAUUUCCUGGGGCUGUUCGAGGUCGGUGUGUCCGCACCUGUUAAGCCUGCGUGUGUGUGAGAGUGUGUGCGCGCGCGCGUGUGUGUGUGUGUGUAAGACGGAGAGGCUGAGGAGGAGGAGGAGGCUGUCUCGGGUACCGACUCUCACCUCACGGUAACGUCGCAUCUCCUAUCAUUCUCGAAUAGCAGAUGGCCGGAAUGAGUUUCCUCUCCUUUCUCCUCUUUUGCUUGACUGCCGUUGCCCAUGGCAACAAAGCAAAUAAACACAAGCCAUGGAUCGAGACAGAGUAUCAGGGUAUUGUCAUGGAGAACGACAACACCGUCCUGCUGAACCCACCACUGUUUGCCCUGGAUAAAGAUGCACCUCUUCACUAUGCAGGGGAGAUUUGUGGGUUCCGAGUGCACAAUGGUCCAGGCGGCUCUGGUUCAGCUCAGUUCGAGGCCGUGGUGUUGGACCGCUCCACCGGCGAAGGCCUUGUUCGCUCCAAAGAGCCACUAGAUUGCGAGAGCCAAAGGGAGCACAGCUUUACCAUCCAGGCCUACGACUGCGGAGAGGGUCCUGAUGGCACCAACAGCAAGAAAUCACACAAGGCCACAGUACAUGUGCGUGUGAACGACGUGAACGAGUUCUCCCCCGUGUUUGUUGAGCAUCGUUACGAGGCGUCCGUCCCUGAAGGUCGUCUUUUUGAUCGCAUCGUGCGUGUGGAAGCUCUGGAUGCUGACUGCUCACCUCAGUACAGCCAGAUCUGCUUCUAUGACAUCAUCACACCCAACGUCCCAUUUGCAAUCGACAAUGACGGAAACAUUAAGAACACUGAACCUUUAGACUCCAAGAAGCAGCGUGUUCACAGCUUCUGGGUGACUGCAUUUGACUGCGGGAAGAAUCGAGCUCAGGCUGAUGCCCAGGUCGUAGUUACUGUAAAACCUUCUUGCAAGCCCGGCUGGAUUGGCUGGUCGAAGCGAGUUGAGUACACACCUGGGUCCGGCAGCAUCCCCCUCUUCCCCAGCCUGCGGCUGGAGACAUGUGAGGAGACGGUGUGGAAUAUCCAGGCCACUGUGGAGCUUCAGACUGGCCAUAUUGGGAAAGGCUGUGACCGUGAUAGUUACUCUGACCGCUCAGUCAGGAGGCUCUGUGGUGCUGUAAGAGGUGAGGUCGACUUGCUCCCACCUCCGUCCCCCGCUGCAAACUGGACGGCUGCACUGCCCACCCUUCCCUCUUCUGACUCGUCCCUGGUAUUUUCUUUCAACGGCUCCACCCACGUUGCCGUGGUUCCCGACUCUGUAACUUCAGCAGUGCCAGGAGAUCACUUCACCCUCCAGCUGUGGAUGCGGAGGGGCGGGGCCAACAUUCAGCCGCCGGCCAAUCAGGCAAGAGGAGCGCGUAAAGAAGAAGAAACAAUUGUGUGCAGCAUUGUGAAAAAUGAUGACUCCUACUCACACUACUCUCUGUCAGUGCAUGGCUGCCGCCUGUCUCUUUUUUACUGGCCGGAUGUCUCAGCAGCACGGCCUGUUAAAUUUCUCUGGAAGCUUGAGCAGGUUUGUGAUAGCGAAUGGCAUCACUUGUCUCUUAGUGUGCAGUUUCCCUCCGUCACACUGUAUGUAGAUGGCGUGACCUUUGAUCCUGCACUCAUUCAUGACAAUGGUGCCAUCCCUAACCCUGUCCCGCAUCAGAAGCUGGUGAUUGGAGCAUGUUGGGAGCCUGAAAACAAGCAGAAAGAUAUUCUCAACAACAGCAUCCCAGAAGGCAAGGACACCAGGAGGUUUGUUGGUGGUUACCGUGGCUUGUUGUCAGGUGUAACAGUGCGUCCAGGAAGUGUGGAGCCUCACAGCGUGGUGGAGUGUCUGUAUGCCUGCAGGGAGGGUCUGGAUUUUGGCGACCUCGAGAGUCUUGGCUCUGGCAUGAAGGUUCAUGUAAACCCCAGUCAGUCAGUGCUGGUGCUGGAGGGUGACGACAUCGAGAGCUUCAACCGAGCGGUUCAGCAAGUGACCUACAGAAACUCUCUGCGAUUUGCCACACCCGGAGUGCGCCCUCUCAAACUCAGUACAUCCCUCAGGUGCUUUAGUGAGGAAGGCUGUCUCUCUCUGCGGCAGCUGGAAGGUUAUUUGGUAGUGCUCCAGCCUGAUGCUCCUCAGAUCUCUCUCUCAGGCGUUGGACCUCACCUGGCUCGCCCUGCUCCUGAGUUCGAGGCUACGCAUGGAGUGCCUCUCUUUCCUGAGCUCCGCAUCGUCUGUUCCCUCUCUCAUGCCGUGAACACUGCCGUCCAGGACAUGGAAGGGGGGGCUCUCAUGUCAGACGCAGUGGCCCACACGCUGGAUGGCUGUGAGGUCCAGCCAUUGGGGGAGGAGCUUAACCCAGAGAAGGAGGAGCUUUUAGUUGACAUGGAGGCACUGAAAGAGAAAGGACUGGAUAUCAUCAACACAACAGCCUAUAUCGCUAUCACUGGAGCGGAGUCUAUCUCAGUCUAUGAGGACAUCCUGCGUUCUGUUCGUUACCGUUUAGCUAAAGGCUCUGCACGUUUCGAGAGGAGAUUCAGGUUGUCCUGUUCAGAAAUGAACGGACGGUACACCAGUAACGAACUCACACUGGAGGUAAAUUUCCUGCACUCUUUGGACAGCCUAUAUCACCCAUCACACCUUUUGGCGUCUCAGCAGCAGUUUCUCCAUCCGUCUCAUCACACAGGAGAGCUCAGUGGACAUACGCUGCCGAACCCACAUCGCAACUCUGUGGUUCCCGGGGCUGCCACUGUCAUCAUUAUGGUGUGCGUGGGCUUCUUGGUUGUCAUGGUAAUCCUUGGCGUGUUCCGCAUCCGUUCCAUCCAUCGCCGUGGAGAGGGAGCAAGAGGAGCCGGCAAAGAGAGCAGCAACCAAUGGGAUGAUUCAGCCCUUACUAUUAUCGUCAACCCCAUGGAGUCCUACGAGAACCGCAUGGGCAUUGCUGCAGAUACGGAGGGGGAAGGCGACGAUGAAGAGGAAGUGGUUGAAUCGCCCGAUGACUCAGCUGAUGACCAGCGAAUCAUCAUUAAAAAGGAGGGAAGAGAUUCCGCCCCCCGUCGCUACUGAGUCAAGUGUAUAAACAGCCACACUCACGAAAUCUAAAAAAAAAAUUAUAAAGCCCACAAACAUGAAACAUAAGAAUCACACCCUUACAUAUAUUCACACAGCAUAAAUGUAUUUGUAUCAGGCUUUGUGAAUGCAUUGUCUCUGGAAUGUAUGCUCACACACACAAACACACACACACACACACACACACACACACAAACUGAAAAAUACCAACAUCCAUGCAAUGCACAGUGCAUAGCAUUUCACUCCAAUGUCCAGUGCUUAGUUCAUAUCUCACUCAAGACUCUAUAAUGUAUGGCACAACAAUGUACUUAACUUCAGUGAAUGUGAUCAUUGCACUGUAUCAAACACCGGGUAUUAUUACUGACGAAUGUAAGCUAUGUGAUUUUCAUUACUGUAGAAAUCAGUCAUUUGCUGUCAGUACAGUGAAGUUAAGGUUACAAGUUAAUCAUGUUUUUACAGCACCACAGCCAUAGUGUGGCUCUUGUCCUUUACAUGAUGUACAGUAUAAUUCACAAGUUCAUCUUUUCUUUCUAUUCUCAAAACAUUCCUGUACAAAUAUACUGUUUUAGAUAAAGAGUGUGUGGAUAUUAAUAUAAGCUAUAUGCAGGUUACCAGUCCUUUUCUCUCAGCAAGGACAAGGAACGAAUUACAUUCAUAUUGUAAGUCUGUGGUGCAGCACUACACAGCUCAUCCGGGGCAGUUUGAUUGUCUUUAAAUGUAUAGAAAUACAAAUUACUACUUCUACUAUUAUUAUUAUUAUUUUUUGUUAGUUCCAUUGUUCUGAUCCAUAUUUAGUCUUUGCACUUUGAGAUGGGCUAGCUGUUAUUUUCUAUUUCUAUUUAUCGCUAUAAUGAUUACAAAUGUUAACAGUAUAUAGUGAGGAUUAUGAUGAUGAAGAUAAUAUCGAUAAUGAUAAUGGUCAUGAUCGGCUUGAUGAGUGUCUAUUUAUUUGUGUGUCUAAUUGUGUAAUUUAAAAUUUGUAAACAUUUGAAUCUCAGUAAAGCAGAAGCCACAUUACAUUUAAAUUCAAACUCUUUCACUGCUCAUAAGACCUUUCCACUGUCACCUUCAUCUGUAUUACUUACAGUCUUUAAUUCUGCUGCUGCUGCUCUUUGUUUUCUGAAAAUGCAGUCAUGUCUUUUUCCCAACUCUUCUCUCCCUACACUGUUUCGCUCACAUCAUCUCCUGUGUGUUUACUCUGUCUGUGUCAGUGUACAGUGCAAAUCCUGUCUCUUAAUAAAAGCCUGUUGUUUUUCAAUGUGAUAUGAAGAAUGGAUCAAAUUGCAUUUAUUAUAUGCCAUUACUAUGGUCACUAAUGGAACAUUUAACUGUAUGAUGCAGUAACACUGAUUAUCAACUGGUUGUUAUUUAAAAACAAAUUACCUGAAGAGGACAUUAUGUUGAAAGUUCAUAAUAAAAAAUAAUUGGAUGA